AUGGCUCAUUUUGACAUUCACGAAUACACCCUGGAAGAAGUGGCUAAACACAGCAGUGCUGGCGAUGCAUGGAUCGUGCUGGGCGUAGAUGGCAAGCAGAAGAUUUACGACAUCACUGCCUUCCUGGAGGACCAUCCCGGCGGCCCUGAGGUUUUGGUGGAUUUAGCCGGGAAAGACGCACAUGAGGAGUUUGAGGGCGUGGGACACUCGAAGAGUGCGCGCGACAUGGUCCAACAGCUGUGCGUUGGCCGGUUAAACACCCAGGGCAAGAAGAAACCCAAGCGACGCCGGAUCGUCCUCCCCACGAUCGAACCAGAACCGACGGGAAACAUGCGAGACAAUCGGCUAGUCGCGCUCAUGGUGGCUUUCAUGGCCAUCUUCUUUGGCACUGUCGUCUCGAUGCAGUAUGCGUGGGCAUUCAAGGUCUCAUGGUGCGCUGCAAAGGAAGAGCGCAUUCCUACAGUAUACAUGCAGACCCAUGGCAUCCCACAUCCCUCGAAGGAUAGACAAACGCCACCGUGUCCACACAUCCCGUACCAUCGAAGUGCCCUAGGUGGUAGUAUAUUGGAAAAGGAAGCGGACGGCUCGAAGAUGUGGUUGCGUCCGUGCUGCUGGGGGUGGUUGGUUGGGUCCGUGAUGUUUGGUUGCAUUGAACAAACGAACGAGUCAACGAGUUCCUUCGCCCGACCCAUCGAAUGUUCACGCUCACAUGGUGUAUAG